AUGACGGCCUUAAAUGGCGUUGAUGACGCCCCACCAAGGGGAAAAGUUAUUCAAAAAUUUGGUGGCACAUCCGUUGGAAAGUUCCCGAUCGAUAUUGUCAACGUUGUCAAGUCGAGUCUCGUCGACAACGAUGUGGCCAUUGUGUGCUCUGCCAGGUCCAGUUCCACCAAAGCUGCUGGUACCACAAACAGAUUGCUCCGUGCUGCCUCGGACGCUGAGAACCACUACUCAAAGUCCUUCCACACCCUGAUCGAUGCCGUUCGUGCUGACCACAUCGAAACCGCCGAGAAGGAGAUCAAGACGCCAGAGCUACAAGCAAGAUUAAAACAGGAGGUCAAUGAUGAAUGCGAUCUAGUCAUCCGCAUACUUGAGGCUGCUCAGACUCUCGGAGAGACGAGUCCGAGGUCUCGAGAUAAGGUUAUGAGUGUUGGUGAAAAGCUGAGCUGCAGAUUCAUGACCGCGCUUCUGGAAGAGCAUGGCGUUCCUGCUCAAUACGUCGAUUUUGCCGACAUCAUCGACUUCAAGGUUGAACACAGUCUCAACCAGGACUUCUACGAUAGUGUGGCAGCAAACAUGGCAAAAUUUCUGCCAGCAUCUUCUGAAAUAGUGCCAGUCAUUACUGGCUAUUUUGGCGCCAUUCCUCGAGGACUCCUUACCACAGUCGGUCGAGGGUAUACGGACCUUUGUGCUGCUCUUGUGGCGGUGGGCACACACGCACAGGAAUUGCAGAUUUGGAAAGAGGUGGACGGCAUCUUCACUGCUGAUCCUCGAAAGGUGCCAACGGCCCAGCUCAUUCCACAAAUCAGUCCGGCCGAAGCAGCCGAACUGACAUUCUAUGGCUCAGAGGUCAUUCAUCCGUCCACCAUGGAUCAGGUCAUUCGAGCCAGGAUCCCGAUCAGGAUCAAGAAUGUUAUGAACCCCCGAGGCAAGGGCACCGUCAUCUACCCAGACUCUGCCCAUGAGCUGGAACCAACGUUGCAAAAUGGCGCCUCUCCACUUUUUCGAUCCAGAAGCUCGACGUUGGUGAAUGGAUUGACUGGCAAACGACCCAAGCGACCAACUGCGGUAACCAUGAAGCAUCAAAUUUUGGUGGUCAAUGUGCACUCGAACAAGAGGUCGCUUUCUCACGGCUUCUUUGCCGGCAUUUUUGCGACACUAGACAAAUGGAGACUGUCAGUCGAUGUCAUCUCUACGAGUGAAGUGAAUAUCUCAAUGGCUCUGCAUUCUGAAGCGCCACUCUAUACAGGUGGAGGUGACGACGAGUACAAAAUUGUUGACCAAGAUCUUCAAGGCGCUAUCAAUGAUUUGAGAUCAUUUGGUGCCGUUGAUAUAAUUCCGGAUAUGGCUAUCGUGAGCCUGGUUGGUAAACAGAUGAAGAAUAUGGUGGGCGUAGCGGGUAGAAUGUUCUCUACACUGGGUGAGAACAACGUGAACAUAGAGAUGAUUUCUCAAGGUGAGCCCUUUUCACCAAAUUAUGAUUAUCAAAACUAA